UAUGGUAAUUAAUUCUCCAUUUCUCUAUCUUUGACAAGAAAUAAUUAUCAAUUUCAAGUUAAUUUUUUACUACUACGACGCGUUUUCUAUCAUAAUUUAAUCUCAAUUGUUCAUUUGAAAUUACUUUUUUUUCUAUGUAAGCCAAAAGAGAGUUAUUCAAUUUGUGCAUUACUGUGACUGUUUUCUGAUUUAAGAUGGCUUGUGUCGACAUACGACCAACACAUGUUGAUUCUGAAAUGGAAGAAGGGGAAAUAGUAGAUGAGGUUGAUUAUCUAUCUGACAUAUCCUCAGAAGAAGAAUUUCUCUUAAGACAGAGGCUAAAAGUAUUAGAGAACUACAAUAAUGCUUUGGAACGCAAGGAAGCUAAGAAGACUUCACUCAGUUCAGGUAACAAACGUGGAAACAAUGGCACUUCCUAUGGCUUCACCGAAAUAUCAAGCACUGAAAUAGAUGACAACUUUCUUAAAACAACUUUUAUGAUAAGUAAAGAAAAGAAACACAUCAAAGCUCACAAUAGACAAAAGAGAUUAAAAAGCGAUAGUGGGAAGACUAAAGAGCAUAGGAAAAAACCUUAUCGUAGUAAGAAAAAAAUUGAAAUAAUCAGUGAAAGUGACGCCAGUGAAUUUUCAGACGAUGAGUACAAAAAUAAAAGACGUAAACUAACUGAUGCGGUUUCCUUGAAUAUUGUUAAGAAUGAUACGUCCACUUUAAAAGACCGACUAACAAAGAUGUUAGGCUUAUCAAAGACUGAAAACCGUAAACUAGAACUUCCAAAUGUAGUAUCUGAAUGUGAAAAAGAACCCCAAGAUAAUCAGGCAAGUAAAGAAAAAGAUAGUAAUACAUCCAAGUUAAACUGUAAAGAUGAGGUUAGAUGCAUAGAUGAGGUUUCGAAAGAAAUUCAAAAUGAGAAUAUUUCAAAUGACAAUGUUAAUGCAGGUGUUGUAGAUAAAAAAGAAGAGUUGAACAUAAAGAAUAGUUCUGAAAAUUCAGACGAAGAUCUUGAACUGCUUAGACAACACGCUCUUAAAACAAAAUCCGUAAAAACGAAAAAUGAUCAGAAAACAACAAAUGUGAAACCAGAAAAUAAGACCCAUGCACUCUCUGAGGAUGAAGACAGUGAUACUGCUGAAUUGAGGAUGAUUUGUCUUAAAUCUAGACUAUUGAAAAAAGCAAUCGAAUUAAAACAAAAACAAAAAUUACAAAAAAGACUUUCAAGUAGCAAUAUGCAUGAUUUUGAUAUUUGUGUACCGGGAAAUGAUAUUCGAGCAGACAAUAAUACUGAUACAGAAUCUUUAGAUAUGGAAAUAGGUUCAGAUAACGAAGAUAAAGGAAAAGAGUUAGUCAGUGACUGUACACUUAAAGAUAAUCAUCACACAGUUAGUGGUAAACUUAAAACUGUUUCUAAUGACUGUUUACACAGAGAAGAUGAAUUAGAGGAGGAUGAAGACUUACUUCGGGCCAAAUUAUUAAUCUCAUUAAGUAGAAAUCUUCCAAAUUUAGUUGAUAAAAUAAAAACUUUGGAUUCUCCAUUGAAUAAAGAUGAAACUAAAGAGGAAAAGAAUAAAAUUCCAAAUCAACCUAGUGUUGUUGAAGAGAAGAAAUUUAUAAUUCAACUUGGAGACUCUGAUUCAGAAGCUGAACAUGAAGCAACGAAGAAUUUAACAAAAAUGCACAUUAAAUUAUCUGAGCAGGCAGAGUUUCAACAGAAGUUGGACCUUUUGUUGAAAUCGACAUGGUCAGAAAUGGAAAAGACUGGGUUACCAGAUGUCGUUCAGAAAUCCGCGGAAAAAUCACCUGAAAAAUUUGUUGCUAAGGCCGUGAACCAUUUGCCAAAAUCGGAACAAAUAGAAUAUAAAAACCUAGUGAAAAGAAUGGCAGAGUUAGAAAAAAUGAAACAAGCUAGACAAAAUACGAUAAUUAUGAAUAACAGAGCCAACAAUUUGCCCGAAGAAACGCUUAAACCUCUAAAUUCCUCUGGGAUGUCAAAUAAACUACUUUCGAUUAAUAAAGCCGAAGAAAAAAUUGCUUUAUCCAGAAAACGGAUAGCAGAAGAAUCAUCAAAAAUAUUGAAAUUAAAAGAAGAGGCAACGAAACUGUCACAGCGUUAUAAAAUAGUGGCUACAGAGCUGAAAAAUAUCGCCACCGCAAUAACUCUAAACAAAAAACAGCAAAAGGCUAUACAGAAUGGUUUGAAUAAAAUAAGAAAUCAACAUCAGAUGCUUUUGAGAAGUGUGCCAAAUAAACAUUCCAAUCUAAAUUUAACUUUAAAUCGCUUUGUUGAAAAAAGUAUACCGUCCUUACAAAAAGAAAACGAACCAUUAAACGAGGACUACAAACAACGUAAUGUUUUAACAUCUUUUAAAGUCCCUAUUGCCAGCAAUCUUAAUAAGGAAGAUCAGCUUAGUCACCGAUUAUCAGUUGAAGUAGAUGUUACUAAUAAUAAAAAAAAUGUUGCGCUGCCAAAGGGUACACAAAAAAAUGUAGUCGAUUUAAAGACUCAUAGUCCGAAAAAAAAUUAUAGUGAAGAACGUGUAAAUGAAAAAAUUGAAAGUCUUGCAGUUAAUAAAGAACUAAAUACUAACCCCUAUACACAAAAGGAGGAGAAUGAUAGACAUAAAGUAAAAGAUGACCUCCAUGAUUAUAAGUCGCCAUUGGAUGCUUUGCAAUGUAAAAAUUGGGAGGAAGAUCCGAAUGGCGUCCUGUGCCCUUUCGAUUUUGACGGCUGUUGCAGAGAUCCCGAUUGCAAAUACCUUCACCUUAAAAUACCCACACAAGAAUGACACAUACAUGUACACGUACGCACACACUGCCAUACAUACAAAAUACGUAUACAUUACAAUACUCAUUAUAAUUUCUUCUUCCUUUAUUACGUAUCAUCUCCGAGUGCCUAUGGAUGCCACUAUGUUUGCCGUUGGAAGUGAGCCGUCAGCGUCGGGAGUGGUAAGUUACGAAACUUUUAGUGAUUAUGUAGUGAUUUUAAAAGAGUCGCCACUUCAUUUUUGAGCGACUGUUUCGGCGAUAACGGUAAAUUAUUGUGGAUAUUUUCAGUAUCAUCUUUUUUUUAUUAAUAUUUAAUUUAUUAAAAUAAUUGUACAUAAUGUAAAAUAAAGAGGAUAAUAAAAAUAUGU